CAGGAUCGUCUUGCAGCGUGUUAACACAAAACUGAGCACUUAGGGGGUGCUUCCAUUUAGGAUUAACAUCGCAGGUGUCUUUAAUCCGCCGCUAACCCCGCCAUGGGAAUUUUUCAUAGGUCUGGAUUAAGGAACGAAUUAUGAUAAGUACAACGUGAUUAUCGACUUAUAUAUAUAUAAUACAUCCGUGGUGGCGAAUUUAACACUCGACGGCCACCGAGUAGUUCACAUUUUCCACCAAAUCUGCGCCUAUAGAGUAGGACGGAUGUUCGCAUACAAUCUCAAUGUAGUAAUCUAAUUGUAAUCGGCGAAAAGCUCCUAUACGGGCGUACAACGGUCGCUAAUCCCGGCAGCCGUAACCUUCCUAAUGCAUGCUCAUCCGCGGGAUGUUUCCAUUUGCCACGGAUUAAGCCCUAAUCUGUGACGUUAAUCCUAAGUGGAAACAUCCCCUUGGUGUGCCGACCUGCAAUUCGUAAUUUUGCUGCUAUUCACCCAAGAAAUCUGCAACAAAAUGUAGCCGUCCUCGGAAUGUUGUUAUGGAUUGAGCAAGCAUGUGUAAGAGCAUUAGCUGGAGUCAAGUAGCGGUUCUUGUGCUUCAGGUUGCCGUUGCGCAAUCGCUUCCAAUAAUUCGCCCUGUCCUUCCACGGGGCCAGCAUUGCUGUCCUGUGGAAAGGGGCAUCUUAUGGAAGAAAGAUAUACGCGGGCUUGAUUCGUCCGCGUCAAGCAUGCUAGCACCUCUUCUCAAUUACCGCUUUCUUUUACCUGAGCUGCAGCUCAGGGAUGCCGUUGGGCACCAUGGGAAUGCUCUUCGGCUUCGUAAGUUCGUCUCCGAACUGAUAUCAGGAAUCCGGCCUCUGAGAGUUGGUGUCCUGGGAGGGAGUAUCAGCUGGGGUGAGGAGGCCACCGUGCGCGGCCACACUGACUGGUUCUCCAUCUUCACAGAUUGGCUGCCGCGUGUAUCAGCUCGCAAUGGCUGUGUGCCCGGCACCACCUCGACCUACUCGUUGCUAUGUUUGGAGGAGCUGGUGGACCAGGAGGUGGAUUUAGUCCUCGUGGAGUAUGGUGUCAAUGAUGUCUUUGCCGACCAGCUGGUUCACAACACCGCGGUGAUGGGCUUGGAGAGGUUGUUGAGGCGGCUGAUGGAACUGCCGGGUUGGCCAGCAGUGGUGGGGGUGGCGGUGCCGCGUAUCAAGACCUCCUCGUUUGGCGCCUUCCAUGCAACCAGUCUUGCAAGACACAACCUGGGCGGGCGAGCCGGCCGGCAUUCAUCGUUGCCGCGCAUUCCCUAG